UGGGGGCUGAGCAGCGGCUGCUGGCGUGGGAGGCCAGCAGUGCCGGCUGAGGAGCACCAUGGCCAGUAUCCUGCAGGUCCCCCUGGCUGCACUCCUCCUGCUGCCUGUGGCCACCGCCAUGCACUCCGACUGCAUCUUCAAGAAGGAGCAGGCCCUGUGCCUGGAGAAGAUCCAGAGGGCCAAUGACCUGCUGGGCUUCAACGAUUCCUCCCCAGGCUGCCCUGGCAUGUGGGACAAUAUAACCUGCUGGAAGCCGGCCCAUGUAGGGGAGAUGGUCCUCGUUAGCUGCCCCGAUGUCUUCCGGAUCUUCAACCCGGACCAAGUCUGGGAGACGGAAACCAUCGGAGAGUUUGAUUUUGCUGGCAGUAACUCCUUGGGUCUCUCAGACAUGGGUGUGGUGAGCCGGAACUGCACGGAGUAUGGCUGGUCGGAGCCCUUCCCUCAUUACUUCGACGCUUGUGGCUUUGACGACUAUGACACUGAGACUGGGGACCAGGAUUAUUACUACCUGUCGGUGAAGGCCCUCUACACUGUUGGCUACAGCACCUCCCUCGUCACGCUCACCACUGCCAUGGUCAUCCUGUGUCGCUUCCGGAAGCUGCACUGCACCCGAAACUUCAUCCACAUGAACCUGUUUGUGUCCUUCAUGCUGAGGGCAAUUUCUGUCUUCAUCAAAGACUGGAUCCUCUAUGCCGAGCAGGACAGCAACCACUGCUUCAUCUCCACUGUGGCAUGCAAGGCUGUCAUGGUUUUCUUCCACUACUGUGUUGUGUCCAACUACUUCUGGCUGUUCAUCGAGGGCUUGUACCUCUUCACGCUGCUGGUGGAGACCUUCUUCCCUGAGAGGAGAUACUUCUACUGGUACACCAUCAUUGGCUGGGGGACCCCAACUGUGUGUGUGACCGUGUGGGCUACACUGAGGAUCUACUUCGAUAACACAGGCUGCUGGGAUAUGAAUGACAGCACAGCUCUGUGGUGGGUGAUCAAAGGCCCUGUGGUUGGCUCGAUAAUGGUUAACUUUGUGCUUUUCAUCGGCAUCAUCGUCAUCCUGGUGCAGAAGCUGCAAUCUCCAGACAUGGGAGGCAACGAGUCCAGCAUCUACUUCAGCUGCGUGCAGAAAUGCUACUGCAAGCCACAGCGGGCUCAGCAGCACUCUUGCAAGAUGUCAGAACUGUCCACCAUUACUCUACGGCUGGCCCGGUCCACCCUGCUGCUCAUCCCGCUGUUUGGAAUCCACUACACUGUAUUCGCCUUCUCCCCAGAGAACGUCAGCAAGAGGGAAAGACUCGUGUUUGAGCUGGGGCUGGGCUCCUUCCAGGGCUUUGUGGUGGCCAUUCUCUACUGUUUUCUGAAUGGAGAGGUGCAGGCAGAGAUCAAGCGGAAAUGGCGGAGCUGGAAGGUGAACCGUUACUUCACCAUGGACUUCAAGCACAGGCACCCAUCCCUGGCCAGCAGUGGAGUGAACGGGGGCACCCAGCUCUCCAUCCUGAGCAAGAGCAGCUCCCAGCUCCGCAUGUCCAGCCUUCCGGCCGACAACCUGGCCACCUGAGUCCCCCUCCCCUCUUCCUCUCCUC